AUGAAGCUGAUCAUCUUCGCCUGCCUGGCCGCUGUCGCCCUCGCCCGCCCUCAGAAUCCCGACUCUGAGGCCGAGACCGUUUUGGACGAGAGGUCCGACAACGGCGACGGCAACUUCCAAUACACUUUCGAGACCAGCAACGGCAUCAGAUCCUCCAACGCUGGCACUCCUGGAUCUGAAGGCCAGAGCAACAUGCAGGGAUCAUACAGCUUCCUCCUUCCCGACGGGCUGCCUGAACACGUGUACGAACUGCUCCGCAUUGCUGAGGAUCAGCGCGCAAGAGGAAUUACCUUCGAUUAAGUGAUUUCUGAUGUAUCAUUCUCACAACGGCUUCAUCUCCAUUUUUUAAAUAACCUUAAGGAUAUACAGUGCAACAAAUAAAUGAUACAUAAAAAAUCUGAAAUUA